UGUCUUUUAGCGUACCGUGUGGUAAAUUUAAUAUCCGGUACCGGUGUAUUGCUUUAUCACGCUUGAAGUUGAAAAAAAAGAGAUUGUCCUGCACAGAUUAGUGAAAAUGUCUGGUUUAAAAGCAGUCUGCGUUCUGAGAGGAUCAACAGAAGUUGGAGGUGUUGUACAUUUUUCACAAGAGAAUCCUGAUUCUCCUGUUGUUGUGACAGGAAAGUUGGAACAUUUAAGCCCGGGAUCACAUGGUUUCCAUGUCCAUGAAUAUGGAGAUAACACAAAUGGAUGUGUAAGUGCUGGUGGACAUUUUAACCCUUUUGGUAAAACACAUGGUGGACCAGACAGUGAAAAUAGGCAUGUUGGUGAUCUAGGGAAUUUAGUUGCUGACGAUAGUGGUGUUGCUAAUAUAAAUAUUACAGAUAAACUACUACAGCUUACAGGACCUAAUUCUAUUAUUGGAAGAACUGUUGUGGUACAUGAGAAGAUCGACGAUUUAGGUCAAGGUGGUAAUGAGGAGAGUUUGAAGACGGGUAAUGCUGGACCAAGAUUAGCUUGUGGUGUUAUUGGUAUUGCCAAGUGAAGACCUAUUAUUGAUUCGAAUUCGAAGGAAUCAAAAUAAUUAAUUCCUAAUCACUAAUUAUAGUAUGCACUGUAAUCUUGUUAGUAAUGAUGUUCAAGAAAGGGUCUGGUACUAUUGAUUGUUAUAUGUGUGGAGCUAUCUUUGUUAUUGUAUUUGUAUUUGUAUCUACCCACCCACUGUAAGAACAAAUUCUGAACAUGCACUUUGAUUUAAAAAAAAAUAACAUGUUAUAACAAAUAAUUUUCUUGUCAUCGUGUAGGAAAUUAAACAAAUAAAAGUCAUGUCAUUCCA